CGGUUAGACAGAUCGGUUCGGAUCGAGGAGUGUAAGCGAAAAAAAGACGAUGACGAUCACACGAAUUUUAGCUCUCAUGUUACUUUCUACGUGCGCACCGGCAUCUUACGCACUGGUAACGUAUCGAUGCGAUACUUCCGACACGCCUGUCAUUAAGGCAACCUGUCUAGUGCGUGACGUCAUCCUGGGCACGGUGGCAGAUAUCGAGGAUGCUAGCUUCUCGUUCGAUAUGCGUUACGUAGCGCUGACGAUGGUGAACGGUUUUAUUCCGGACUUUACGCGCCAGCUUGCACGUCAGUUCCCGCAGGUGCAGGAUCUCACCGUGGACGCAAUGGGCAUUCGGAAGAUGUACAUUUGGAGCAAUCUGGAGCAACUGUCCGCCCGUAACAACUCCAUUCGCGCGCUAGAUUUUGCAUCCAUUGGAGUUGAACAUCGGCUACGUUCGUUGCGGCUGGAUGACAACGAGCUAAGCAGCGUCCCAUUGUUUGGACAAUCGUUCAACGAGCUAAAGUAUCUCUCGCUGGAAGGCAACCGGUUGGAGCAGGUAGCACUCGACUCGUUCACGGGACUGGGACAGCUACAGAGUCUGUCACUUGCCCGCAACGGAUUGAUCGUGGUGGAGCCUACUACACGCGCCCCAGCCCGAGCCAUUUAUCAGGGCGUGCAGCUGCUAAAGCUCAAGCACCUCUCGUUGGCUUCCAAUCGACUGAUAACGGUGAACAUCAGUGGCUGGGAGAUGCCAUCGCUCGUAUCGCUCGAUCUGUCGAACAAUGAUCUCUACCUGCUGCUUGACGAGGCGCACCAGCUUAGUCAGUUCGGUGCACUGCUGGAAGUUUCCUACGCCGGGAACGAUUGGCAGUGUGCGUGGUUGAGUGAGGCACAGUUGGUGCUGCGUAAGCGUGGCAUUGCUGUGAAAGAUGCGGACCCAGCUGCCCGGUGCGAUCGGGAGCAGAUGAAAUCGCUCGACGGGAUCUGUUGCUACGAGCGGGCACUGGACCAGGAGCUCAACGACAAGGACCCAUUCGGUAGCCGUUGGGAGCAGCUGAACGAGCUUCGCCGACGGUACGAGCUGGUACAGUACUCGUACGAUCAGGUGGAGGAUGCAGAUUUAAACCUCAUCACCGAACGUGGGCACGAUCUGCGCGCGAAGCUGAUGGGCCCGGUGGCACAGGAUCAGGACGAGAUCAAGCGCGAGCUGGUACGGUUACGGCACGCACUGGACACGGAGACGGCUCAGCUCGAGCGGCUCGAGGAGCGUAUCGAGCGUGCCGUGAUCGAGCUGGGGCAAUCGAUCGACGAGCUGCAUGAGCGUGCAGUGCGCCCUAAGCCCACGCUAGACGCCGUGCGUCAGCAAACGAUUGGCGACAGCAUUGGGCGCAUCAAGACAAGUAUCGAGUCGCUUCGGCGCAAGGUGCAGAACUAUGUGUACGAGACGAGCGAGCGCGAUAAGCGCAUACGGCGGUACGGGGAGCGGAUCGACCAUCUGGAGGAUCAGCUAGCCGAGGCCCAGCAGCAGGAGAAUUCGCUGCACCGACGGGCUGGAGAUCUGACGGUACGGGUUGAUGAUGCGUACCGAGUAAUCGAGGAGGUGAUUCCACGCAACUCGAAAGAGAUGUACGAUCGCGUUCGAGCAUCUCGAUUCGGUGCCUAUUCCUAUCAGAUGCGUCGCCAUGGAUGAAUCAGAAGCUUGAUGAGUAAUGGAAGAAGACGAGUUACAA